GCGCUAAAAGUUUUGAGCUCCUCAAAAGUCGGUAGGCACCAUUGUGGGUGCAAGGUGGUUUCUGGGCUCUGGGCGCCCCUGGCAUCCAGGUUCGGAGCAUGCUUCCUAGGAAAGCGACACGCUCCCCUGAGGACCAGAGCUGCCAGACUGCCUUCUUGGGUACUGUCAUGGAAGAGCUGCCGUCAGAUCUUAACAUCGAUCUCCCUCUGAGUCAUGAGUCAUUUUCAGAUUUCUGGAAACUUCUUCCUGAUGACAGCUUUCUGUCCACCUCGCUUUCCUCUCCCAUGAAUGAGUUCUCAGGAGACGAUGUUGAAAAGUGGUUAGAAAAUCCGCAGGAAGCUGUACAAACAUCUACAGAUGCUGUCCCCGAGGCCUCGGCCCCAGUGGCCCCUGCACCUGCAGCCCCGGCACCAGCCACCCCAUGGCCCCUGUCAUCCUUUGUCCCUUCCCAAAACACCUACCAUGGCAACUAUGGCUUCCGCUUGGGCUUCCUGCAGUCAGGGACAGCCAAAUCUGUCACAUGCACGUACUCCCCGACCCUCAAUAAGCUUUUCUGUCAGCUGGCAAAGACCUGCCCAGUGCAGCUGUGGGUGGACUCAACCCCUCCACCUGGCACACGAGUCCGCGCCAUGGCCAUCUACAAGAAGUCCCAGCACAUGACAGAAGUUGUGAGGCGCUGCCCACAUCAUGAGCGCUGUUCUGAUAAUGAUGGUCCAGCACCUCCUGAACAUCUUAUCCGAGUGGAGGGGAAUUUGCAUGCAGAGUAUCUGAGUGACCGCCACACUUACCGACACAGCGUAGUGGUGCCUUAUGAGCCACCUGAGGUUGGCUCUGACUGUACCACCAUCCACUACAACUACAUGUGUAACAGCUCCUGCAUGGGGGGCAUGAACCGGCGGCCCAUCCUCACCAUUAUCACACUGGAAGAUUCCAGUGGCAAACUGCUGGGACGCAACAGCUUUGAGGUACGUGUCUGUGCCUGUCCUGGGAGAGAUCGACGCACAGAGGAGGAAAAUUUCCGCAGAAAAGAGGAGCCUUGUUCUGAUCCUCCGCCUCUACCAGGGAGCACUAAGCGAGUACUGCCUACCAACACUAGCUCCUCCUCUCCUCAGCCAAAGAAGAAACCACUGGAUGGUGAAUAUUUCACCCUUAAGAUCCGUGGGCGUGAGCGCUAUGAGAUGCUCCGAAUGAUAAAUGAGGCCUUUGAAUUCAAAGAUGCUCAGACUGAAAAGGAACCAGAGGAGAGCAAGCCUCACUCUAGCUACCCGAAAUCCAAGAAGGGGCAGCCUACCUCCCGUCAUAAAAAACUGAUCUGCAAGAGAGAGGGACCUGACUCAGAUUGACCUCCUCUGCCUCCUCUCCCCCAGACACAGCCCCCUACCCCUGUCCUCCUUCCCUGGGACUCAGGUGCUUGCCUCCCUGCUUGGCAUUGGUGUGCUUCGGAAAUACCCAGAACCAAGAACUCUUCCAUUCGCCAUGACUUGGGGCCCCCACUGCACUAGUGUUUUGGGGGUGGCAGUGGGAGCUAGGACACACCAGCUUAGCUUUUAAGGUUUUAGCUGUGAGGAAUAUUUGGAAGAGAAGAACAUGUCUUCGUGUAAGGGUUAGGGUACUGGUAGCCCAGUUCUCCAACAAAACUAACCAAGGAGCUAACUCAUGUUGGAACGUCUAUGAAAAACUGAUCAUGGUGCCUACCUCACGGGGUUUUGUUGUAAGAAUUAAUAAAAUGUGUGAUUGGCCUUGAACCAGUUACCAUUUGGUAACUGGGGCUUGGCCCCCUCGGAGGUGCUAGUUCAGGGAUAGGCUGAUAAUUUCCAAGACUGGGCAACUACUUGAGAGGAAGACGUUGCCAAGAUUCCAUUGGCCCAGCCAAAUGCUGCUCAGUCUUCUGUUGAACUUUGGCAACAGCAAAUGUCACCCCAUUUCACAUGCUGGAGAAUUCCAUCUUGGGCUCAUGUAGGGUCUGCUGGAUCCACCAAGACCCAGUUUACUUCACCCACCCACCCACCACCCACAUGCUCAGGGUUGAUUUCUUUUGCAUCCUGCAAGGCACAUCAGCAUUGGUCACUCCCACCCCCUUCUCCCUUUUUAUAUUCCCUUUUUAUAUAUUGGUUUUCUUUUACAAUAAAACUUGGUUACCACC